UUUGUACCUUUUGUAGGCAAAAGAGCCGAUAGAUGGGGCCUUUCAUUAAUCAGAUCAGCAGCUCUGUUAGCCUCCCCCGACCCCAGCUCCUUAGCCUCUGUGAAUAAAGCAGUGGCCUGGGCGUUCUUGCACCCGCUCCCCACUCCUCAGAAGGGUCCUGCCAACUCUGCCUUGUCCUGUUGGAUUUGCAGUCAGAUGUCUCAGGCUGGCACUGGGCAGGCAAUGAGUUCUUUCCCUGUAACUUGGGCACAAAAAGAUCAGCAUGGGAGCAGCCUCCUUUGGGACAGCUGCUCUGAGAGAAUGCAGUAAGCAAGGAGCAGGAAGAAAUUCCUCCGAGAAGAGGGUGACUCGUGGGAGGAGUUCAGUGUGCUAACUAUUGUCAUUUGCUGAGAGAAGGUGUGUACUUGAGGAGUCUUAACCUGGAGGAUCCUUAACUCUUUCAGUCAGCUGGCGAGCAGUGGUGGCUCAGCAAGUUCGUCCUGGAAGCGUCUGCUCGGGAAGGUCAGGGCGGAGGCGUGGAAUCGUUCUUUCAUGGGGGACCACUUUGAGAAGGGCCAGCACGCUUUGCUCAAUGAAGGAGAAGAGAAUGAGAUGGAGAUAUUUGGCUACCGGACUCAUGGCUGCCGGAAAACCCUCUGCCUUGCUGGAUCUAUCUUCUCCUUUGGGAUCCUCCCCUUGGUGUUUUACUGGAGACCUGCUUGGUACGUGUGGGCAAAUUGCAUCCCGUGUUCCUUGCAGGAAGCAGACGUCGUGUUGCUCAGGACAACAGAUGAAUUCCAAACUUACUCUUGGAAAAAGGUGACGUGGAUCUACCUGUCGGCACUCAACAGUGCAGUUGGUCUCACUCCUGACCACCCUCUCAUCACAGAUGAGGAGUAUAUCAUAAAUAGAGCCAUAACAAAGCCAGAUCUAAAGGUGAGAUGCAUAAAAGUGCAAAAAAUAAGAUAUGUUUGGAACAACUUAGAAGGACAGUUCCAGAAAAUUGGCUCUUUGGAAGACUGGCUCAGUUCUGCCAAGAUACAUCUAAAAUUUGGAUCAGGACUCACAAAAGAAGAACAAGAGAUUCGGAGGUUAAUAUGUGGGCCUAAUACCAUCGAUGUUGAAAUCACACCAAUUUGGAAACUGCUCAUCAAGGAGGUGUUAAAUCCAUUUUACAUAUUUCAACUCUUUAGUGUCUGUUUGUGGUUUACUGAAGAUUAUAAGGAAUAUGCUUUUGCCAUCAUAAUCAUGUCCACCAUUUCCAUCGCUUUGACAGUAUAUGAUCUCAGAGAGCAAUCUGUAAAGCUCCACCGUCUAGUUGAGUCACAUAAUAGCAUUACGGUCUCAGUAUGUGGGAGAAAAGCUGGAGCCCAAGAGCUGGAAUCACGCUUCCUGGUACCCGGAGAUCUAUUAAUUCUGACAGGGAACAAAGUGCAAAUGCCAUGUGAUGCCAUCUUGAUUGAUGGCAGCUGUGUGGUAGAUGAAGGCAUGCUGACAGGAGAAAGUAUUCCAGUCACUAAAACUCCGUUACCCAAGAUGGAUGGCUCUGCGCCCUGGAAAACACAGAGUGAAGCAGAUUACAAGCGGCACGUCCUCUUCUGUGGCACGGAGGUUAUCCAGGCCAAGGGAGCUUGUUCCAGGACCGUGAGAGCCGUGGUCCUGCAGACUGGAUUCAACACUGCAAAGGGAGACCUUGUGAGGUCCAUUCUCUACCCCAAGCCGAUGAAUUUUAAGCUCUACAGGGACGCCAUCAGGUUCCUCCUGUGCCUCGUAGGGACGGCCACCAUUGGCAUGGUCUAUACUUUGUGCGUCUACGUGCUCAGCGGGCUAAAGAGUGACUUCAUCUUCCAGGAACCUCUCCAGGAGGUGGUGAAGAAAGCCCUUGAUGUUAUCACCAUCGCAGUUCCUCCAGCCCUACCUGCUGCUCUGACCACGGGCAUCAUUUAUGCCCAGAGGAGGCUCAAGAAGAGAGGCAUCUUCUGCAUCAGUCCCCAGAGGAUCAAUGUAUGUGGACAAUUAAACCUUGUCUGCUUUGACAAGACAGGCACCUUAACAAGAGAUGGCUUGGACCUCUGGGGAGUCGUGCCCUGUGACAAGAAUGGCUUCCAGGAAGUCCAUAGCUUUGCCUCUGGCAGGGCUUUGCCAUGGGGCCCACUGUGUGCGGCCAUGGCCAGCUGCCACUCUCUGAUUCUUCUAGAUGAGACCAUCCAGGGAGACCCUCUGGACCUCAAAAUGUUUGAAGCCACCACCUGGGAAAUGGCUAUUUCUGGGGACGAUUUCCAUGUCAAAGGAGUACCGGCCCACGCCAUGGUAGUUAAGCCCUGCAAGACAGCCAGCCAGGUACCAGUGGAAGGAAUUGCAAUCCUGCAUCAGUUCCCAUUCUCAUCAGCACUGCAGAGGAUGACAGUCAUUGUUCAAGAGAUGGGGGGUGACCGGAUGGCUUUUAUGAAAGGUGCACCAGAGAAGGUGGCCAGCUUUUGCCAACCUGAGACAGUACCAACUACUUUUGUUAGUGAACUUCAGAUUUACACGACACAGGGCUUCCGGGUCAUAGCGCUGGCCUACAAAAAGCUGGAAAUGGACCACCACACCACUGCCUUGAUGAGGGACAAGGUGGAGUCAGAUCUGAUAUUUCUGGGACUGCUGAUCUUGGAGAAUCGAUUGAAGGAAGAGACAAGACCUGUGCUGGAGGAGCUCAUCUCAGCCCGGAUAAGGACUGUAAUGAUCACAGGUGACAAUCUUCAGACUGCAAUAACAGUGGCCAGGAAGUCUGGAAUGGUUUCUGAAAGCCAGAAAGUCAUUCUUAUUGAAGCCAAUGAAGCCACUGCGUCCUCAUCAGCAUCUAUAGCUUGGAAAUUGGUAGAAGAGAAGAAACACAUUGUGUACGGGAAUCAGGACAAUUACAUCAACAUCAGGGAAGAAGUCUCUGAUAAUAGCAGAGAAGGAAGUUACCACUUUGCCCUAAGUGGAAAAUCCUUUCAGGUUAUAAGUCAACAUUUCAGCAGCCUACUGCCAAAGAUAUUGAUCAACGGGACCAUCUUUGCAAGAAUGUCUCCUGGGCAGAAGUCCAGUCUGGUGGAAGAAUUUCAGAAACUGGAUUAUUUUGUAGGUAUGUGCGGAGAUGGAGCCAAUGACUGUGGGGCUUUGAAAAUGGCUCACGCGGGCAUCUCUUUAUCAGAGCAGGAGGCAUCUGUGGCCUCGCCAUUCACUUCCAAAACUCCAAACAUUGAGUGCGUACCUCACCUUAUCAAGGAAGGACGUGCAGCUCUCGUGACCUCGUUUUGCAUGUUUAAGUACAUGGCCCUGUACAGCAUGAUUCAGUAUGUUGGUGUUCUGCUGCUCUACUGGGAGACAAACAGCCUUUCAAAUUACCAGUUUCUGUUCCAGGAUCUGGCCAUUACAACUCUUAUUGGUGUAACAAUGAAUUUGAAUGGUGCCUACCCCAAGCUCGUGCCUUUCAGACCUGCAGGACGGCUCGUCUCCCCACCUCUGCUGCUCUCUGUGAUUCUCAACAUUCUUCUCAGCCUGGCCAUGCACAUUGUGGGCUUCAUUCUGGUUCAGAGGCAGCCUUGGUAUUCCAUGGAGAUGCAGAGUGCCUGCACAGUGCAAAAUAAAAGCAUCUCAAAGUUAACCAUAUCUCCAGCUGCUCCAGGAAAAAAUGGAAGUUAUAGUGACUUCACAAGUUUUGAGAACACUACUAUAUGGUUCUUGGGAACAAUCAACUGUAUCACUGUGGCUCUUAUCUUCUCUAAAGGAAAACCAUUUAGGCAGCCGACCUAUACAAACUAUAUAUUUGUCCUUGUGUUGGUCAUACAACUGGGUGUGUGUCUGUUCAUUCUCUUUGCUGAUAUUCCAGAAUUAUAUAGGCGUUUGGAUCUGCUCUGCACUCCUGUCCUGUGGAGGGUCUACCUCAUCAUUAUGCUUGGCUCCAAUUUUAUUGUGUCCUUUGUUGUGGAGGAGGCCAUUAUUGAAAACCGAGCCCUGUGGAUGGCAAUCAAAAGGUGUUUUGGAUAUCAAUCAAAAAGCCAGUAUCGGAUAUGGCAGAGGGCCUUGGCAAAUGACCCCAGUUGGCCCCCGAUAAAUCAAACCUCCUACUCUCACAUUCCAGGGUGUGGCAGGGAAGUGUCUUACAGCAAUCCGGUCUUUGAGAGCAAUGAGGAACAACUUUGAAGGCAAUGGGAUAAACGUGUUGAACUAAUAUAGAAGCAAUGACAAAAGGGACCAAUUUCAGUGAUAUUUAAGCAAUGAGACUCUUACAAUAUCGGCUGGAGUUUUUGGAAUCAAAAACCUCUCCAAUCAUGGUGACAAACUGAAGUCUGUUUGAUACAAUACUUUCUACAGAGUGGAGCACUGCCCCAAGAGACUGCUUUCCUCUUGGCUUCUAAAGGUAUUAGAGGUGUUCAGUGAAUUAAGAGUGAGCUGGCCAAGAAUGGCAAUGGGCCAAGAGAUUGGGAGGCUAAAAGAGAAGCAGAAUAUGCAAUCUUUUUUCUUAGAUAAUAUAUCUUUUAAAUGAAUUGAGGGAAAGUAGCACUGUGUGUAGUCUUAGAAUUGUAACAUGUUAAAGAUCAUUUUUGAAUUCUUAUUUCACUGAUGGAAAAACAAAUGCAUGGGAACCAUCACACCAAUCUUCACUGUCUGGUUUCCUUUCCUUCGUCAUACUUCUCAAAUUUGAGGCAUUUUCUUCUACUUCUGGCCUUCCCUUCUAUAUUAGUAAGGAUAGGCUAAGCUGAUGCUGCUAUAACAAAUAACUCCCGUAUCUGAAUGGGUUAACACACAAGAGCUUCCUUCUUGGUCCAGGUGACUCUUUAGAAUAGCUCUCCUGGGAGUGGUGACUGCUUCAGUAUCAUGGCCCCACUGACUCAACACAAAGACUCCAUGUUUACUGUGAUAAGGGAAGGAAGACUGAGGAUCACACAUGGGCUCUUCCCCACUUCACCUCCAAAGCGGCACACAUUUCUGCACAACCCACAUCUCAUUAGGCUCAUUAGGCGUCAUUUACCAGGGAUUUGGCAAAGAAGCUGAGAAGUGCAGUCUCCUGUAUUUAGGGUUGGCUUCAUGGGCAGAUGACCUGUGUAGUCACACACAGCCCCAUGCUUAGAAAGGCCCACACUUGGUUUAAUACUCUGCACUUGCCAUCUUGAAAUUCUUAAUUUUUGAACAAGGAUUUCCACAUCUUCAUUUCGCACUGGGCCUCACAAAUUAUGUUAUUGACCUGGCUUGUAUUCCUGGGAAGGAGAGGAAAGCAGCCCAAAUCAAAGGGUUCUGUCCCCUAGCUCUGCGCCUCCUAACCCUGUGAACUUCUCUGUGUCGUAAGAACCUCUCAUCUCACACGCCUGACGCCAGGAAUUUUCACUCCUCUGCUCUAUUAUUUUUGAGAAAAGUUAGUCUUGUGCUACAGCAUUAUAUGCUAUCAUCCACAUAAGUACUCACACAACCCACACAUUUCUUAAGUUUGAGGCUUCAGUUUUCAGAAAACAAAAAUUUUCCUUAUUUCAUCACAAUUACAGUUUGGUUAUAUUGGAUUCACUUAGGAUAGAAAACACUCAGGUUUCUGCUAACUCAGCAGACAACCCUGAAUUCUGGGAAAACAUCCACAUAUACUAUAAUACGGCAAAAGCAAAAUUAUGAACGUCAAGUCCUAAGGGAGUGUUCUGGGCAGGGGGGAGUGUCCUGGCCCAGGAUAAGAGGCUGGCUUUGCUACUUAUCAAGAGCAUCUGCCACCAUUCCCUUCCCUGGCUGAACUACUGAGUGUGGUUGGUGGCUCUGUGACUACAGAUAAUGCUGAGAACAUAGUGUUUCUCAGCCACAAUGGUACCUUGUUGCUUCUGGUUUUAAUAUAGGGUGGGAAGAAUCAUUAAAAUAGGCUGCAGAAGUGUUGUCUUCCUUGGUACAGAAAGAAAUGUUUGCUUUUACAAAGUCAGCCUCAGCAGAGAUAGGGCAGCUCUGAAUGUCUUUUUCUAGAACUGAUAGUUUUUCUCAUUUUUCAAAAGCGGAGGGUCAUGGGCAGGGGCAAAUUGGAGAUGGUCUACAACCUAGUGAUGAGCAAGAGCAGUGUGUGUAAUUAAUUAGAAGAGCUCUUUGCCAAGGGCUGUCACCUCCAUGAGCUCACUUGAGUUGCACAAUUCUCCUGGGACUCAGACAAAAGACUCAUCAUCUCCACCUUACAGAUGAGAAAAUUGAAAUUCAGGGUGAGGAGAGCAGACCCAGCCUCAGACGCACAUCUUCUCAGCGAACUUUCCAUUGCUUCCAAAUUCCACCUGAUCACAAAGCUCCAGCAGAGCAGGGUGCUCAGUGUGAUCUGACAGCCAAAUGAGCUCUUUGCCAGGAGGAAGGAGGCAAUCUUUUGUUAACGCCAGGACCUUUUGUUCAAAUGAAUGCGAGGUCUCCUGCCAGGCUUGGCCUACAGGUGUGUUCAAAACAAAAAAAAUAAAACCCAAACCCACAGGGUCUGUUUGUCUUUCUGAGACUCUGAGUUGCUCUUGUUUGGUCUAAUACUAAGGGAUUCCAUCCUCAGCAGUUGGCACAUGGCUGGCAGGGAACAGGGAUGGAGGACUCUGCUUCUCCACCAGCCAAACAGUCCUAAAAUCUAGGCAAAAGAGGCUGAUUCUGAAGACUAUGUUUGAGACCAGCUACAUCUUAGAGGCAAUAAGUGAAGGAGCAGGGAGUGCUCAGCCUGGAGAAACAGUCGGGGGAAUUGUGAGAAUUGUAUUAAAAUGCUUGAAGGGUUACCAUGGGAGAGAAGGCUCCCACCUGUGGUUAGUGGUGCCACCAGUGGGUAAAGAACAUGGUGGGAAUGGCUUUGAGCUAACACGAAGACCUCUGCCCCAGUAGUCAGCACUGACGGAUGUGGAGGCUGGUGACCUCACAAGGUGUGCACUCGGUGACAUGGGAGGUACCGGUGGAUGUUCAAAGACCAAUUAGAGAAUUAAGUCAAGUAUCAGAUGAAACUCAAUUACCUGCAAGAUCCCUUCCAGGCUCCAUAGGCCUGGCAUCUCAGUCUCAUGCUGUGAAGUGAACCAUUUACCACUGCUACCCACACAGAAUACCAGACCGAUCCCCAUGGGAAGACGGGCCGAGGGGAUGGGCUCCAGCCUUGUGAGGUCCCAUGGUGUGAACAACCAGACUUGACUGCUGUGUACCUUGGAAGGUGGUUUCUAAUGGGGAUAAGAGCCUAGAAAAGAGGGUGCACAUUGAGGGGUCCUGACUGCCCAAAUGACAGCUGGGGAAUACUUCUGCUGUGUGUGUUUUCUUAGAAAGAGGUGUUUGCAAAUUUUGAGUAAAAGAACACGAGAGUGCCCCAAACCCGAGGGCAGAGCUACCUGCGCCCAAUACGCUUUCUUGACCAGGACUCGGAAGAGAAAAGGACACAGUCAUUUGCUCCAGAUCAAUUGGGAGGGUCCCCUGUAUGUUCCCUCCAAGGUGUACAGCUCUAACCUGCAGAGAAGAACCCUGACUCAGGGCUCUCCUCACUACACAGAUGAUGAGCUGAAUAGGAAAUACGGCUGUGCCAUCUGUGUCCUUAUGUGCUCACAGAAGUGUGCGUGGACACAAUUGCAGACGCAAUGACUGGGAAAAGUGAUUAUUUAUUCAGAGCCUUGUAUUUAGUUUGUGCUAUAAUAAAUUAUUGUGUACAAAAGAGGCAAGUGCAAUCUAUAAUUCUGUCGUUCUAACAUCAAUGUCUCUCCCUUUGUCUCUGCGGGGGAGUCUUUCACUUUGGUGUGGUCUGCUCCAGGAAUGUUGAAUCAAAGAGACACCUUUACAAAGCUCCAGGCAUUUCCUCAUACUGCAGAUGCUAUUGUUUUCUGCUUUAUAUGCAGGGCGUUACAGUCUGCAAGAUACUUUUCAUACUGGAUGUCUCUUUUAAGCCUCAGAAUGAUCUUAGGAGGAAGGCAGGGCAAGAAUUACUAUCUUCCUUCUGGUGACGAGGAACCAGACUCUCCAAAAGGCUCGGUGACUUGUCCAAGGGCUCACAGCGAGUGAGUGGAGGAACUGGGAGCUGGAUUCAGACACAGGACCUCUGCCAGUGAGUUCCCUGCUCUGUCACUUUCCCAAGUUGUUUUCUCCUGGAGGAAAUGUGCAUAAUACAUGCAAUAUAUUGAAAAACAAGAAGGACACAAGGUGGCUAUCCAGUGGAUUGCCGUCACGAGUAUAAUUUCCUCCAGAAAGAGUUUUCAGUUUUCACAGACAUUCUCUUGAACAUGACCAUCAAUCACAGAAAAGGUCAGCUCCCACAGCUGAGAGAGUAACGUCAUAAAACCAGAGCCCUCUGUGACUAUUUCAGGUGAUCAGGUAAAGCUCCGGUUCAUGACUUCAGUCUCCAGAAGCAGAAACCCAUAUCUCUGCUUGAACUCGGAUCAGGCCCUGCUUUGUACAGCUUUUUAGGGUCCUGUGGAUUCUCUCUUGGCUUUGUAGUGUGGUCACGUCUGUAUGCAUUAAAAAAAGCUUGAAAACUUC